CGGGAUUUCCUCCUCUGCCCCCCUUGAGCGGCUAUCAUUACACUAGCACAGCCAAAACAAGUCGGGAGGAGAAGGAAUGAAUACAAUGACUGCUGAAAUCAUAAAAGACAUCUCCCAGCCCGACUCACCUGUCUCCUCCGCACCAGAAAACGGACAGCUGCUGUUCAUCCGAAGCGUCACGUCCAGGAGAGACACGCAGACCACCAGCGGCAGUGCCAACCUCGAGGAGGGCAGCUCCCAGCCCCUGGUCUCCUCUGCCACCGCUCAGCCUCAGUCUUACACCAUGACAUCGAGCGAAUUCAUGCAGUCCACCCCUCUGUUCGUGCAGAGGUCUAAGAAAAACCUGUUUUAUAAGCUCGUGUGCUUCCUCGUGCUCGUUCUCCAAGGGGGCAUGUUGGAUUUCUACCUCAUCGUCUUCACGGAUCUCUACUGGUGCUCGUGGAUAGCCACGGAUUUGGUGGUUAUAUCGGGAUGGGCGAUCUUCUUCAUUAAAAACGCCAGGAGUAAGCGAGAACGAGCCUGUGGUUUCCACCAGAAGAGCUCCAUCUUCGGGUGCAACCUCGGAGAGUUCACCUUCGCGUACUUAGCAUGGCUCAUCUACGUGAUCGCGUCCACCCCGAAAGUGGUGCUCGUUCUGGAAACGUCCAUCCUGGAUCUUAUUGCCCUGAAGGUGCCAUUUGGCAUCACUGGGUUCAAAAUAACCAUGUUGCUCUGCGCGCCUUUGCUUUACUGCCUCAUCAACUCCAUCAUUGAAGACCCUAACGGUGCCACGCGCUUUCACUCCCAGGGCUCCUUCAUGAGCACCUGUUUAGACAUCCUGGACAGCUUCACUCUGGUCGAACUGGUCCUUAAAAACGAAAUCGCCAACAUAUACCUUAGGUACACGGUCAUAUCCGUGUAUUUCAUCGCAUUGGGCGUUCCGGUUAUUUGGCUUUACGAGUUGACGGCCUCGGAAAUGAACUGUCGCUGGAUAUGGGCGAGGUUCUUCACCGGCGUUCUGCUCAAUGCACCGCUGUUGGUGGUCAGAUGUUUCCUCGUCUUUGUUUACAAAAUGCCCAUAUCGGUUUUCAUGUUCAAGAACAUCUUCUUCCUGGGGUGUAAGUGCCUGGAGCUGGUUGAGCAGUGCGUGUCCUUACGAGGUGUCCGGAGGUUUGCACGUGGACGUGGGGGUAACACAGCCCAGUUCUCCCAUUGCGUUUCCGAAAACGACAUGUGUCCCCAUGGUUAUGUGAACACGCUAGCUGUCAAUACUCAGUCGUAGAUGCUCAUUAAGGACUAACGCUGACCUGAGGCCACGUCCAACAACAGUGUGCAUCAGCCCUUUUGAGGGGAGGUACUGCAGGUGCUAACGUCCUUUCUUAUUAUUUAAAAUUAAAUAAAACUUAACCAAUAAAUAAAAUGUACUUUGACUACCUUUUUGUAAAAGUGCAAUUAUGAGGUGUUUUAACAGUACAGUAACCACAAAAUGAUAGCAAAUACGCUCUCGCGAACGGAAGUAACCAUAGCAACAGUCAGCGGCGAGCGUUUAAAUAGAUACAACUACUUUCGCUGUUUAUCAGUCUAUUUUAUAAUUAAAAAUAACAAAUAAAUAAUAAAUAAAUAUUUGUUAAUUGGGCCGAAAAUUGCUGAGAAAAAAUCCUUUAACAAAUCUGCUCCCCGCAGGUAACGGAACAAUUCGCUCCCUGGCCCUUUACGUUUUUGAUGAAUAUGCAAAUUAACGUUACUCGUCAUCUUAUUACAUUUUCACAGGUGUGCAAAAUAUAGGCCUAACAAGUGAAACUAAACACAGAAACAGUUUUAGGCUAAUUAACUCAUUUGUCGUCCAUUGUCUCACUCUUUUGUUAAAAGGCUUUAAAAACAACAAACACACUCAAUAUCAUAUAGGAAGCAAAAGUAGGAUUCUGCACAAAUCCUGAAAUAUUUUGUUUAGCUUUGCAUGCAAAAUGCCAUUUGUGUCAGACAUUCCCCAAAAAAACAGCUAACU